AUGGUUGAUUUGUUGCGGAUCCGCAAGACCCUCUCUGAAAACGAGGUGCAACAGUACGUUUGGAUGAUACUUGCAGCUUUGGAUUAUCUCCAUUCGCGUCGGAUUAUCCAUAGAGAUCUGAAGCUGGGAAAUUUGUUCCUCAACCUUGAAAACGAAAUCAAAGUUGGAGACUUUGGUCUUGCUACCACGCUCGACCAGCUCACAGACCGCAAAAAGACCAUUUGUGGUACGCCAAACUACAUUGCUCCAGAAAUACUCUUCGAUAAGGUGCGAGGCCAUAGCGUGGAGGUUGAUGUUUGGGCACUGGGGGUGAUCAUGUAUGAAUGUCCCAAUCAUCGUAUAGGUAUACACUGCUCUUUGGACGGCCUCCUUUCCAGUCGGAAGAGAAAUAUCAAGGAGAAUGCGUAUACGUUUCCCCAAAAUACGGGUGUCUCGACUGCAGCAUGCUCAUUGAUUUCACUGAUGCUGACUACAGAUCCAGGUGAUAUCCACCGCUUUUUACCGAUAGAUAAGCGGCCGAAAGUCAAAGAGUUGAUUCAACAUUCGUUUUUCAACCAAGUCAUCAUCAAGGAUCCCUCUUAUGACGAUCUGGCCUCAUCUCGGAUGUUCAUUCUGCAAAGCAUUGAAACACAAUUACAGAAUACUUUGGCCACAGAAACUUCGCCAAGGCCGAUGCGCACCUUCAAAGAGGGAUCCAAAGAAAAUAUUCCUGCCCAUACUAACAUCCACAUGCUAGAACAUACUACUCCUAGUCCUAAAGCUACAUUCAAUCCCAUAGGUGCAGAGAAGGGACACCCGGGCAAUACUGAAAAGGGCCUUGUCCUCGGCGGAGUUUUACCUGUCGUUGAGAGGAGACUCGGACUGAUCGAGUCUAUUUACCACAAUAUUUCGCAGCAGGGGAAUGAGUUUUUCAUUGUCGAUUUUUUUGACUACUCUUCAAAAUAUGGACUCGGCUAUAUCUGUUCUGAUGGCAAUGUGGGGGCAUAUUUUAACGAUGCCACCAUGAUGAUCCUAGAUCCUAAAUCUGGUCGUUUUGAGUAUCUCUACCAAGAGAAUACCUCACCAAAAAAACAGUUUGUUAAGCUCGAAUUCACAGUACCUGAUUUUCCAGGCGAACUGUCAAAGAAAAUGACAGUGCUUAGGUACUUUCAAAGCACGUUUGAGAAUGUUGCUCUUCGCAAGCAAGGGAGUACUCCAUCUUCUGCGGGCUCUGGGCAAAUGGAGUUUUUAGUAAAAUACGCUGCUGUUGAUGGGAUUUUGCUUUUUCGGCUCAGCACACGGAAUAUUCAGGUCGUCUUUCAAGAUAAGCUCUCCCUGUUGCUUAUGAACGAGGGAUUGUUGAUUGGAAUUCUCGACGGCGGGUCUGCAUUACCUUCUGGUGGCUUUACCGUGCUACCGCUGAAGAAAAUGGCGGCUAAGGAGCCCUACGCCACACGCUUAGUGAUUCUCCGUGCGGCACUUGGGCGGCUGAUUUUUGGCGGCGAAAAAUAA